AUGAGCGAUCCAGCCAGUGCUGAUGUGGAUGCAAAUGCGGUUGCUCCAGCGGAUGGCAUCGCAAGUGCAGGAAAGAAUGGUCAGCUUGGCGACUUGGAUCGGUUCAAUCCAUUACGUGCCACCGAGGGCGAUGAUGAUGACCAAGACGCAGACGACCAACAACCAAAUCCAUUGGACGAUUCGGAGCUCAGUUCGGCAAGCUACCUCGCGCGGCUCACCGGCGUAGCCUGCUUAGGAGGCUUACAAUUCGGCUGGGAUACUGGUGUAGCUAGUGGCAUGCUCGUCGCAAUCCACGCUGACCUAGGCCACGAGCUGAGCGAAGGCGAGCAGGAACUCAUCGUCAGCGCAACCACCGUCGGCGCAAUCCUAGGCUCCAUCGUCGCCGGCAGGAUGGCCGACUGGCUAGGGCGCAAAAAAGUCAUGAUCGGGAGCGGAAUCCUCUUCCUCCUCGGGGCGAUGGAGCAGGCAGCAUCGCAAGUGGUACGAGAGCUCGUACUGGGCCGAUUGCUCGUGGGGCUUGGUGUCGGGAUGGCAAGCAUGGUGGUUCCGAUUUACCUGGCCGAAGUGGCGCCCACAAAGGUGCGGGGGCGCGUGGUGGGGAUCAACAGUCUGCUGAUUACCGGCGGGCAGGUGGUGGCGUAUGUUGUGGAUGCUGCGUUCUACCACUUGCCUCAUGGGUGGCGGUGGAUGGUGUUAGCGGGUGGUGUGCCUGCUGUCUUCCAGCUGGUGGGGAUGGUCUACUUGGACGAAAGCCCGCGCUGGCUAGUGGCGCGUGGACGGAUCAUCCGUGCUCGGCGGGUGCUGCAGCGCAUCUACCCACACGCCAGUGUGCGCAUGAUCGACCACGAAAUCGACCGCAUCGCGCGUAGCAUGCAAGGCGCCACUUCCUACGACCACGUCGACCCCGACGCACAUCACACAGCCGAGCGCGAGGCAGAACAGCACACGCACCGCGGAACAGCAGCCGACAUCCAAGCCACGCUGGAUCGCAUCACUUCCGCCCAGGCACAACUCACAUCGUCAGCGCGUCAAACCACGACCCAGGUGAAGAGCAAGCUCAGCAUGCUCCUGUACGACCCCGUGCACCGACGGGCGCUCCUGAUCGCAUCCGGGCUGCAGUUUUUCCAGCAAGCUACUGGAGCAAAUAGUUGCAUCUACUAUGGUUCAAGGCUGCUGAUGAUGGCCGGAUUUGUUGCGAAUCCGAAUGCGGCGGCGGUGGGGAUUGCGCUGGCCAAUUUUGGAGGGACGGUGGUGGCGGUUCGGUACAUCGACGCCUGGGGGCGGAGGAAGCUGUUGCUGUACACCACAGCUGCGAUGGCGGUGUUCCUUGCGCUCGUCGCGAUAGGUUUCAGCCAGAUCGACGUCGGCCCCGUCACGGGCACACCUGACCACGCCGACACGGCCGCCUCUUCCUCAACCACACCAUGGCCCUACGCGACCCUGGUCUUCAUGAUCCUCUUCACGCUCAGCUACGCCCUUGGGCUCGGCAUCGUCCCCUGGCUCAUCCAGUCCGAGAUCUUCUCCGGCCAAGUCCGCGGCCUGGGCGCAGGGAUAGCAACAGCGACGAACUGGACGACGAACCUGCUCGUCUCGUCGACGUUCUUACACCUGGUCAAGCUGAUCCAUCCCGCCGGGUGCUUUGGACUGUUCAGUGGCAUGGCGGCGCUGUGCUGCGCGUUCACGUAUGCGCAGCUGCCGGAAAUGUCCGGGUUGAGCUUGAGCGAUGUGGAUAAUGCGUUUGAUCGGUCGGAGAGAUAUCAGGCCGUUCCGUCGGACGAUGUCGAGUAA